UCUGGAUGUGAGGCAGGCGGAUCUCACCCACGCCUGCCAGCAGCUCCUCGGAGAACUGUGUUCCUGGGUCAGCCCUGGCCCAGAGGAGCGCCGGGGACCCGCAGAGUGCUGCUGAAGUCAAGGCUACAACUCACCUAGGAUCUGGGGCGCCAGCCCUCCGGUGGGCAGGGCGUUCUCCUCCCCCACCCCCUCCCCGCACGAUGACAUCAAGUGUUUGGGGUUGAGUUGCUCCAUAAAAGCUGCCCGGGGAAGCCAGGAGAGCGAAGGGCGGACGUACUCGCCAAGGCACCCAGGCUGCGCGCACGCGGUCCCGGUGUGCAGCUGGAGAGCAAGCGGCCACCGGGAGCCCCCGGGACAGCCCGCGCCCGCCCCGCAGGAGCCCGCGAAGAUGCCCCGGCGCAGCCUGCACGCGGCGGCCGUGCUCCUGCUGGUGAUCUUAAAGGAACAGCCUUCCAGCCCGGCCCCAGUGAACGGUUCCAAGUGGACUUAUUUUGGUCCUGAUGGGGAGAAUAGCUGGUCCAAGAAGUACCCGUCGUGUGGGGGCCUGCUGCAGUCCCCCAUAGACCUGCACAGCGACAUCCUCCAGUAUGAUGCCAGCCUCACGCCCCUCGAGUUCCAAGGCUACAAUCUGUCUGCCAACAAGCAGUUUCUCCUGACCAACAAUGGCCAUUCAGUGAAGCUGAACCUGCCCUCGGACAUGCACAUCCAGGGCCUCCAGUCUCGCUACAGUGCCACGCAGCUGCACCUGCACUGGGGGAACCCGAAUGACCCGCACGGCUCCGAGCACACCGUCAGCGGACAGCACUUCGCCGCCGAGCUGCACAUUGUCCAUUAUAACUCAGACCUUUAUCCUGACGCCAGCACUGCCAGCAACAAGUCAGAAGGCCUCGCUGUCCUGGCUGUUCUCAUUGAGAUGGGCUCCUUCAAUCCAUCCUAUGACAAGAUCUUCAGUCACCUUCAACAUGUAAAGUACAAAGGCCAGGAAGCAUUCAUCCCGGGAUUCAACAUUGAAGAGCUGCUUCCGGAGAGGACCGCUGAAUAUUACCGCUACCGGGGGUCCCUGACCACACCCCCUUGCAACCCCACUGUGCUCUGGACAGUUUUCCGAAACCCCGUGCAAAUUUCCCAGGAGCAGCUGCUGGCUUUGGAGACAGCCCUGUACUGCACACACAUGGACGACCCUUCCCCCAGAGAAAUGAUCAACAACUUCCGGCAGGUCCAGAAGUUCGAUGAGAGGCUGGUAUACACCUCCUUCUCCCAAGGCAUCAUCCUCUCACUGGCCCUGGCUGGCAUUCUUGGCAUCUGUAUUGUGGUGGUGGUGUCCAUUUGGCUUUUCAGAAGGAAGAGUAUCAAAAAAGGUGAUAACAAGGGAGUCAUUUACAAGCCAGCCACCAAGAUGGAGACUGAGGCCCACGCUUGAGGUCCCCGGAGCUCCCAGGCACAUCCAGAAAGGACCUUGCUUUGGACCCUACCCACUUCGGCUCUCUGGACACUUGCGACACCUCAAGGUGUUCUCUGUAGCUCAAUCUGCAAACAUGCCAGGCCCCAGGGAUCCUCUGCUGGGUGCCUCCUUGCCUUGGGACCAUGGCCACCCCAGAGCCAUCCGAUCAAUGGAUGGGAUGCACUCUCAGACCAAGCAGCAGGAACUCUAAGCUGCUUGCUGUAACUGUGUGAGAUUGUGAAGUGGUCUGAAUUCUGGGAUCACAAACCAAGCCAUGCUGGUGGGCCAUUAAUGGUUGGAAAACGCUUUCAUCCGGGGCUUUGCCAGAGCGUGCUUUCAAGUGUCCUGGAAAUUCUGCUGCUUCUCCAAGCUUUCAGACAAGAAUGUGCACUCUCUGCUUAGGUUUUGCUUGGGAAACUCAACUUCUUUCCUCUGGAGACGGGGCAUCUCCCUCUGAUUUCCUUCUGCUAUGACAAAACCUUUAAUCUGCACCUUACAACUCGGGGACAAAUGGGGACAGGAAGGAUCAAGUUGUAGAGAGAAAAAGAAAACAAGAGAUAUACAUUGUGAUAUAUUAGGGACACUUUCACAGUCCUGUCCUCUGGAUCACAGACACUGCACAGACCUUAGGGAAUGGCAGGUUCAAGUUCCACUUCUUGGUGGGGAUGAGAAGGGAGAGAGAGCUAGAGGGACAAAGAGAAUGAGAAGACAUGGAUGAUCUGGGAGAGUCUCACUUUGGAAUCAGAAUUGGAAUCACAUUCUGUUUAUCAAGCCAUAAUGUAAGGACAGAACAAUACAAUAUUAAGUCCAAAUCCAACCUCCUGUCAGUGGAGCAGUUAUGUUUUAUACUCUACAGAUUUUACAAAUAAUGAGGCUGUUCCUUGAAAAUGUGUUGUUGCUGUGUCCUGGAGGAGACAUGAGUUCCGAGAUGACCCAAUCUGCCUUUGAAUCUGGAGGAAAUAGGCAGAAACAAAAUGACUGUAGAACUUAUUCUCUGUAGGCCAAAUUUCAUUUCAGCCACUUCUGCAGGAUCCCUACUGCCAACCUGGAAUGGAGACUUUUAUCUACUUCUCUCUCUCUGAAGAUGUCAAAUCGUGGUUUAGAUCAAAUAUAUUUCAAGCUGUAAAAGCAGGAGGUUAUCUGUGCAGGGGGCUGGCAUCAUGUAUUUAGGGGCAAGUAAUAAUGGAAUGCUACUAAGAUACUCCAUAUUCUUCCCCGAGUCACACAGACAGUUUCUGACAGGCGCAACUCCUCCAUUUUCCUCCCGCAGGUGAGAACCCUGUGGAGAUGAGUCAGUGCCAUGACUGAGAAGGAACCGACCCCUAGUUGAGAGCACCUUGCAGUUCCCCGAGAACUUUCUGAUUCACAAUCUCAUUUUGACAGCAUGAAAUGUCCUCUUGAAGCAUAGCUUUUUAAAUAUCUUUUUCCUUCUACUCCUCCCUCUGACUCUAAGAAUUCUCUCUUCUGGAAUCGCUUGAACCCAGGAGGCAGAGGUUGCAGUAAGCCAAGGUCAUGCCACUGCACUCUAGCCUGGGUGACAGAGCGAGACUCCAUCUCAAAAAAAAAAAAAAAAAAAAUUCUUCUGUACCAUCACAACUUUUCACAAUGAUGGCAAGCCUUAUGUCUUGGGAGCCUGUUUUGCUAGGCAAAGUUACAAGUGACCUAAUGGGAGCUCAGAUGUGGGAGCUCAGAUGUGUGUGUGUCUCUCUGUGUGUUUGUGUGUGUGUGUGCACUCAAGACCUCUAACAGCUUCGAAGCCUGGGGUGGCAUUCCGGCCUUGCCAUUAGCAUGCCUCAUGCAUCAUCAGAUGACAAGGACAACCCUCAUGACGAAGCAACAUGAAUUAGGGGGCCUCUUGGCCUUGGUCCAAAAUUGUCAAUCAGAAAUGAACAUAAAGGGCUCCAGAGCAGUGGGACUGUCUGUCAAAAGACUCUGUAUAUCUUUUGUGGAUGAGUUUUGUGAGAGAAUAGAGAGACCAUUGUACCUGGCACAAGGGCUGUUCAUGAAAAGGGAGACUUACUGGGAGGUGCAAGACAGUGGCAUUUCUCCUCUCCUCUUGCUGCUCAGCACAGCCCUGGAUUGCAGCCCUGAGGCUGAGACCAGACAAAGCCCGGGAGGCAGAAAGAUGCUCCAAGAACCAACACUAUCAAUGUCUUUGCAAAUCCUCACAGGAUUCCUGCGGGUCCAGCUUUGGAACUGGGAAACCUUUCUUCAGAUCCGCACUCAUUCCACUGAUGCCAGCUGCCCCUGAAGGAUGCCAGUACUGUGGUGUGUGAGGCUCAGCAGCCGCCCACACGCUCCUAACUCUGCUGCAUGGCAGAUGCCUAGGUGGAAAUAGCAAAAACAAGGCCCAGGCUGGGGCCAGGGCCAGAGGGGAAGACCCUGGAUUCUCACUCAUGUGAGAUCUUGAAUCUCUUUCUCUGUUCUGUUUCUUUAGUAUCAUCUGGUAAAACAGUUAAAACAAAAAACAACAAAAAACUCUGUAUCUGUUUCUAGCAUGUGCUGCAUUGACUCUAUUAAUCACAUUUCAAGUUCACCCUACAUUCCUCUCCUCUUCACUAGCCUCUCUGAAAGUGUCCUGGCCAGCCCUGGAGAAGCACUGGUGUCUGCAGCACCCCUCAGUUCCUGUGCCUCAGCCCAUAGGCCACUGUGAUAAUGGUCUGUUUAGCACUUCUGUAUUUAUUGUAAGAAUGAUUAUAAUGAAGAUACACACUAUAACUACAAGAAAUUAUAAAUGUUUUUCACAUCA